CCGAGGGAGGAUGAAAAUGCUCUGCUGGCGGCUGGCGCUGUGGCUGGCCGCCUGGGCUGUCUGUGGGAAGCCGUCCUCCUGCUCUGCCCUCGAUUAUGACUACACUUACGAUUUCACCGAAGAGGAUAAAGCCGAGGCGAUAGAUUAUAAGGAUCCCUGCAAAGCCGCUGUCUUUUGGGGAGAUAUUGCCUUAGAUGAUGAAGACUUAAAAAUCUUUCAAAUUGACAGGACAAUUGACCUUACGCAGCACUCCAAUGAAAGACUUGGCCAUAACACAGGUGGCUUUGGAGAGCAUGGGAUGUCAAAAAAGCGAGGUGCCCUCUAUCAGCUUAUAGAAAGGAUAAGAAGAUUUGGCUCUGGCUUUGAGCAAAAUAAUACAUCUAAAGGAAGAACCACAGUAAAAUUCUCAGGGAAAAAUGAGAAGAACAGAUUUCCCAGAGCUGCUACAUCGCGAACAGAAAGAAUAUGGCCAGGGGGUGUCAUUCCAUACGUAAUAGGUGGAAAUUUCACAGGCACGCAGCGCGCCAUGUUCAAACAGGCUAUGCGACACUGGGAGAAGUACACGUGUGUUACAUUCAUUGAAAGAAGUGAUGAAGAAAGUUAUAUCGUAUUUACGUACCGACCCUGUGGGUGCUGUUCUUAUGUGGGUCGAAGGGGAAAUGGUCCUCAAGCUAUAUCUAUUGGCAAGAACUGUGAUAAAUUUGGCAUAGUUGUCCAUGAACUGGGUCAUGUGAUAGGUUUUUGGCAUGAACAUACACGACCAGACCGAGAUGACCACGUCACCAUCAUUAGAGAAAACAUCCAACCAGGUCAGGAAUACAACUUCUUGAAGAUGGAGCCUGGAGAGGUGAAUUCCCUUGGGGAGCCAUAUGACUUUGACAGCAUCAUGCACUAUGCCAGGAACACCUUCUCAAGGGGCAUGUUUCUGGAUACCAUUCUCCCUUCCCGUGAUGAUAAUGGUAUACGACCUGCCAUUGGCCAGCGUACCCGUCUAAGUAAAGGAGAUAUUGCACAGGCAAGAAAGCUGUAUAGAUGUCCAGCCUGUGGAGAAACACUGCAGGAAUCUACAGGCAACUUUUCUUCUCCAGGAUUUCCAAACGGUUAUCCUUCCUACACGCACUGCAUAUGGCGAAUCUCUGUGACCCCAGGGGAAAAGAUUGUUCUAAACUUCACCACGAUGGACCUGUACAAGAGCAGUCUCUGUUGGUACGACUAUAUUGAAGUAAGAGAUGGCUACUGGAGAAAAUCACCUCUGCUUGGCAGGUUUUGUGGUGACAAACUGCCAGAAGUCCUCGCGUCCUCUGACAGCAGGAUGUGGAUUGAGUUCCGUAGCAGCAGCAACUGGGUUGGAAAAGGCUUUGCAGCAGUUUAUGAAGCGAUCUGUGGAGGUGAAAUCCACAAAAACGAAGGCCAGAUCCAGUCUCCCAAUUACCCUGAUGACUACAGACCGAUGAAGGAAUGCGUGUGGAAAAUAACAGUGUCUGAAAACUACAAUGUAGGAUUAACCUUUCAAGCAUUUGAGAUUGAAAGACAUGACAACUGUGCAUAUGACUACUUGGAAAUUCGAGAUGGAAUGAAUGAAAACAGUCCUUUGAUCGGUCACUUCUGUGGCUACGACAAGCCAGAAGACAUUAGAUCUACCUCUAAUACUCUGUGGAUGAAGUUUGUUUCUGAUGGAACGGUUAACAAAGCAGGAUUUGCAGCUAACUUUUUUAAAGAGGAAGAUGAAUGUGCCAAACCUGACAAUGGUGGCUGUGAGCAGCGCUGUGUUAACACUCUGGGCAGUUACCAGUGCGCCUGUGAUCCUGGCUAUGAACUCGGUCCUGACAAAAAGAGCUGUGAAGCUGCUUGUGGAGGACUUCUGACAAAGCUAAAUGGGACUAUAACCACACCAGGGUGGCCCAAAGAAUAUCCUCCAAACAAAAACUGUGUGUGGCAGGUGGUUGCCCCAACGCAGUACCGAAUUUCAAUGAAGUUUGAGUUUUUUGAGUUAGAAGGCAAUGAAGUGUGCAAAUAUGAUUACGUGGAGAUUCGCAGCGGCCUUUCUUCUGAUUCUAAACUCCAUGGUAAAUUCUGCGGUACGGAAGUGCCUGAAGUUAUCACCUCACAGUACAACAACAUGCGAAUUGAGUUCAGGUCUGACAAUACCGUGUCAAAAAAAGGCUUCAAGGCACACUUCUUUUCAGACAAGGAUGAGUGUUCAAAGGACAAUGGUGGUUGCCAGCACGAGUGCAUCAACACGGUAGGAAGCUAUGUUUGCCAGUGCCGGAAUGGAUUUGUGCUACAUGAAAACAAGCAUGACUGCAAGGAGGCUGAGUGUGAACAGAAGAUCCACAGUCCCAAUGGCAUCAUUACGAGUCCCAACUGGCCUGACAAGUAUCCCAGCAGAAAGGAGUGCACCUGGGAAAUCAGUGCCACCCCUGGGCAGAGGGUCAAAUUGACUUUCAAUGAAUUUGAGAUAGAACAACAUCAGGAAUGUGCCUAUGACCACUUGGAAGUGUUUGAUGGUGAAAGUGAAAAAUCACCAAUUUUGGGACGUUUAUGUGGCAGUAAGAUACCAGAGCCUCUCAUUGCUACUGGAAACAAAAUGUUUCUCCGCUUUAUUUCUGAUGCAUCAGUUCAAAGGAAAGGCUUCCAAGCAACACACUCUACAGAGUGUGGUGGUCGGUUGAAAGCUGAAACCAAGCCCAGAGAUCUGUACUCGCAUGCUCAGUUUGGUGAUAACAACUAUCCGGUUCAGGCAGACUGUGACUGGCUCCUGGUGGCAGAGCGUGGCUAUCGAGUUGAAUUAAUGUUCCAGACUUUUGAGGUUGAAGAAGAGGCAGACUGUGGUUAUGAUUACGUGGAGCUCUUUGAUGGUCAUGAUAAGACAGCUAUGAGACUUGGUCGAUUUUGUGGUUCUGGGCCACCAGAAGAAGUCUAUUCAGCAGGGGAAACUCUUUUACUUCACUUUCACACUGAUGAUACAAUCAACAAGAAAGGAUUCCAUAUACGAUACAGAAGUAUAAAAUAUCCAGAUAGUGUGCGUACCAAAAAAUAGCACAAGAACCUCUAUUCAAGAGGAGAGCAAGACAAAAAAGAAUGCACAGUGGAAAGGAAGUCAUGUCUUUUUUAUUUAACUGAAGUUAUUAGCACAAAAGUUUUAUAUGAAUCCAAUUGAAAUGAUGACUUACAAGACCAGAGACAAGAAAAAAUAAAAAUAAAUACCUAUCCCAAUGGAAUGCACAAGAUGGUGAUGUGCAGGCUCCAUACUUGACUGUCUCUGCAAAGGUGGCGAAAGGACUUUGCACACUUCCAGGAGAAUAUGAAAGCUUUUGUUCAUGGUUUGACAUUUGUCAUAGAUAAGUGAACAUUCAAUUAUGUUCAAGUGAGGUGACUCUACAAAACGUUCUUCCUUCUGACGGUUGUAUGGUGUCCAGGAGAAAAGAAG